AUGUGUGACAGCCUCUUAGUUCUGAAUAUAAAUGUUACUGAGAGGAAAUUAGGUUGGUUUGCAGAGGAGAUCAGCCAGACCUUGCAGUGCAUCUUGCUGAGGAGCAGGUACCUCCACCAGUACUGUGCUUCAGAUACUAGUACAUGUAGAAGAAAAAUGGAAGUCAUUGAGCUGGGAGAAGUCGACUUGAACUGUCCUUCCAACUGCCAAAUACAUAAUACCCAUUUCUUCGGAACUGACAGACAGAUAAUAAGGAGAGGACAAGCCUUCAGCUUUUAUGCUCGUUUCCAAAAUCGGGAAUGGGAUGACUCCGUGGACCAGGCUAUUUUCACUGUGGAGACAGGCCUCAGACCCUGUGAAUCAAAUGAGACGAAAUGUACCUUCCCAAUGGGCAGAUGUCUGGAUCAAACCUGCUGGAGUGCUUCCUACAAAAUUCAUCAGCCAAAAUGCAUCAAUAUCAGUGUGUUUCCUCCCUCCAAUGUCUGCAUUGGCCGCUAUAUUCUCAAUAUGCAAAUCACAUCUUGUGGUCACACAUAUCAGCGAUGUCUUGGAGAUUUUUAUGUCCUUUUUAACCCUUGGUGUGCAGAUGACCCUGUAUAUAUGGACAAUCAGGCCCAUAGAGAAGAAUAUGUUCUGAAUGAACAUGGAAUACUGUAUGAAGGAGUUCACAAGCAUAUUACCUCUCGACCAUGGCACUUUGGACAGUUUGAAGAUGGAAUUCUGGAUAUCUGCUUGAAGAUUCUAGAUAUGGGCGCAAGUUACCAUCACGGCUCUGAUCGUGACCACUGUUGGCGCAAUGAUCCUGUGCAUGUCAGCAUGGUGGUAAAUCACAUGAUAAGCAGCCAUACCACUAACAGUAUCAUGAAGAUUCCAGAAAACAAUGAUUACCUGAAAGGAACGAAGCCAUUUUCUUGGAAUGGAAGUGUCCCUAUUCUUCAGCAGUGGUACAAUGGCAGAUGCAGGCCUGUCAGAUAUGGGUACUGUGGAUCUCUUGCUUCAGUAAUGUGCACAGUGAUGAGGUGUUUGGGAAUUCCAAGCCGUGUUGUUACGAACUUCUGUUUUCCAUGCUCAACUGAGAAUCCCCUUGGUAUCAAUGAGAUUUUUGACUGUACUGGCAAAAUCCUGUGUGGCAAAGACAAGCUAUGGCAAUACCACUGCUGGAAUGAAUCUUGGAUGGCUCGCAGAGACAUAAAUCAGUGCUGUGGUGAUUGGCAGUGUCUGGAUCCAACACCUUUGGAAACAGGCAGAGGUUCAGCUUGCAGUGGCCCUACAUGGGUUCGAAGCAUCAGGGAAGGGGAACUGGACCUGGAUUAUGAUGGUCAUCAUAUGUUUUCUCGAGUAAAUUCAAACUAUGUUGGUUGGCUUUCCCAAAACAAUGCCAAAAGAACAAAAUUUUUCUGCGAUACUUGGCCAUGUGGACAACGUCUAAUCACCAAGAGUGUUGGCAGUGAACAAUUCGAAGAUAUCACUGGGGCUUACAAGUAUGAACUAGGUUCUGUGAAAAAUAAAGAAGCCUAUUACCGGGCUUACAGAAGAAUUUACCCAGGGUAUUGCAAUGCUUCCAACUGUCAUAUUGAGAGAGAGUUAUCAUCUCUGAAAAACCCAUUUUUGAGUGACUCUGGUAUUAACAUGAGGUUAAAGAUGGCUAACUGCCCAAUGUAUGGUGAAGAUGUCCAGCUGCACUGGCUGCUUGAAAAUUUGCGUAAUGAAAACAAAACCCUGAAGUUUAAUUUGUGUGCACAAAUUAUAACCUACAGUGGUUGCCCAAUGGAUCAAUUUUGGAAAGAUAGUGUGAAUAUCACAUUGGGUCCAAGAGAAGUGAAAAAAAUUCCACUGUGUAUAUCGUAUCACCAAUAUGGACCAUAUCUCUGUGAUCACAACAUUAUGAAAGUAGUUGCUGUCUCAGACCCAGAAUGUGGAGAAGUUCUGAUGGUGAGCAGGGAUAUCAUAAUCAACAGACCACCUGUUAUUGUCAAGCUACUGAGCCAGCCCAGAAUGAAAAUACCAUGUACGGCAGAGAUCUCUUUCUGCAAUCCUCUCCAGGAAGAUAUGAAGAACUGUGUAAUGACCUUAGAAGGCUGUGGUUUAUUCAAAGAGCCAAUGACCAUUGAUUUGGGAACGCUUGCAGCCAACCAACAGGCACGGACCAUUGUGGAGUUCACACCUUACAGGCUUGGCAGCCACCGGCUCCUGGCCAACUUGGGAUGCCACAAGUUUGCCUACUGCAAGGGAUGUGCCAAGGCCGAAGUGUGUUGUUCCACAGGCCAGAAUGGUGUCCUGCCUCACAGCCAGAACGGGUCACUCCCAGUGUGUGAGAACAGUUCCCUCCCCAUGAAUGGCUCCGGGCCUGUCCCCGUGGCAGAUCCUGCAUUCAACUCCAUGUGUGAAUAUAUAUGUAUCCCAGUGUGCAACCCAAACUGCAGUGCAAGUGGCCAGCCUGUGUAUGACUUCGUGUACCUCCCUGCGGGCCAUCCCUUAUGCAACUCCAUCUGCAGCCAAGGCUUCAAUCCAAGCAUCAAUCCUGGUUUUGAGAUGGGAGGUGAUCCUGGCUUCCGUGUCAUAUGUGAGACUGUACCUCCUGCUACGUGUGCUCCGAUGGCUCCAUCCAUGUAUGGCUCCAUGCCUGCCCCAGCAUCCAACCCCGUGUGCACCCCUAUGCCACAUGUGGUGUUCGAGACUGGUCCUGCUCCCACGCACCCGCCUGGGGGUGGAGGGGGGCCAAUGUCCUAUUCUGUCUCUGUCCCCGCGAAUAAUGCG